AUGACGGAAUCAGACGACGUUCCUGCAACUCCUGCGCCAACGCGCGUCGAUAUAGAGUAUUGUACCGUUUGCAAUUCGGAACCACAGUGCCUACAGCUAGCCGGUCUCAUCCGAGCAUCAUUCCCGGAAGCGGAAGUCGAGUGUCGUACCGGUCGCCGGGGUUCCUUCGAGGUUGUCAUCAACGACACGCUCGUCCACUCGAAGCUUAAGUCGCUCGCCUUUCCCGACUACGCCGAUGUCCUUGAGCGCGUACGGGAUGCACAAAACGGGCUUCCGGUUCGCCAAGCAGCUGCACAACCUAUCACCGACUGUGUGGUACAGUGAAGGACAAACUUAAAGGAUCGCUGUCGCCCGGUGAUUAGCGCCACCCUGCUUCACUGCACAGACUACCCAAAGUUUGUUUUGUACCCUUGUGAAAGUUUGGUAUUUUUUAAGCUGACUAGCUGACCUCGCAAACUUCGUGCCG